AUGGAUCCCAUACGUGCUCAGCACAGUGUUGAAAGUGCCCAUUAUGAUCCGGACUCUGGCUAUUCAACUCGAACCAGACAAAUGACCGGGCCACUCUCCCAAACACGUCUAUCUAACAAAGAUUCACCGGAAAUUUUGAGUGAACCGUAUUGGGAUAACGAAACGAGUACCGAUCAGCAAGCUGUUGUUCGACCCCUGUAUCGGAGUGCUUCAGACUCGGAAAUUUUGUACGCCGGAAGUGAGAAAGUUGACGAGGUUCCUGGUGCCAUGCAUUACAUCCUCUCCAACGGACAAAUCGAUUACUCCGUUCUGCUACGCGGACUUUAUUGGUGCAGCACCGUUCACACGUCUCCAAGAGUAUGUUGUCAGAUACUAAAGUGUUUGUGUACACUGUUUGACCUCGGAAUAGUAGACAAUUCCGCAGCCCAAUCCCGUACACCACAAUUCAUACCCCGUAAACCGAUAAAUUUGAAAAAGCUACGCAAGAAACUGAAGUCAGGCACUACCAGUGGUCACAUAAAACGUAUCCAAUCAAUACAUUACCGUGCACCGGUUUCUGACAACCGUUCGCAAAGACCAGACCUGAGAAGGCCUACCCUGAUUGCAAUGACGGCAAAUCGAGCGAAUAAAGGAUCUUUGAGGUUGGGUAGACGUACAUCGGCUAUCCUGUACGUGGGCUCCGAUGAAAGCGAGGANAAAAGAAAUCUUGCGGUAAGUCGGGUCGCAAUGGAUCAGUCAAUGAGUGGUCGCAGCGGAGCACCCUCCCCGGAACACGGUCAACAUCAGUACACGAGUGGAUUGCACACCCAGUCCCGUAAUAGCCCUCGUACACGAGGCUGGAUAGGUGGACGUUACUCGCAGCACACCAGUCCCUGGUCAACCAUGAUACACAUGGCUAGCUCCUCAUGCAAUUCGGCCUGGCGUCACCGUCCCCCGAGCCCAUUACAGACCCCAACGCUCAGUAAACAAACAGUACGAAAAAAUCACACUCUGGCCAUCGAUAUGGUCAUAAGAAUUAUACGUCUACUGGGCUGCAGUUACGGUCACCAUGGGUCCCCAAUGUUCGGCUCACGAGAAGCCCAUGCGGAUCAGGCGACCAAAGACCGUCUGGCUNAAGACCGUCUGGCUCAAGAUGCCGGCGAUGCACGUCAAUUAGUUCACGACUGCCUUAUCCACCUAUAUGAGCUGAAUCGAGCCUUGUUUGUUCGUGUGGUCAGUCGUAUGGUUGCCUCGAUGAAUGUUACCGAUCUGAUGGAACUGUUUCACUCACUGACUGGAUUUUGCCUUGAUCCAGCAGCACAUCGAGGAGUCCAAGGUGUUAUUGAUAUACUGCUUGAGAAAUCAUGA